AUGCCAUCAGACUUCGAACUAGUCUUCGGCUGUGGACCAGAUCAGAUUGUGCCACCAAUGAAGACCUUAACAUAUGCAUUCGGGACCGCGGACCAAGCUGAACAUCCAUGUGUAGGGUGUCUGCGAUCUGGCUUCAUUGGAGAAGUAGUAGAAGCCGCCUCACGCAUGCGGCAGCGUGCUAAGACCGACAAGGCAGACCCGACAUACGUAGAGACAUUAUUCCUGAAGUACAAUCAUCUGGCAGAAGAUCUGGGACCGGGCGAAACUUCAUGCCGUUUCUGUGAUUUCAUUCGCACGCGGCUCAAAAGGGCGGUCAAAGUCGACGAAGUGAAGAAUAACCUUGAGAAAACGCCUAAGCUAUUAUUCUAUUCCCACAAUGACAGCGAUCCUGGCAUGCACGAGUAUCGCGAGCACACUUUAAAUCUUUUCGUUAGCCCAGUGGGGACAUCUUCUGCUCUCGAAUAUGUGGCAAGCUUCUCGCUAGCUCCAAUGCUAGAUCACAGAGAAUCUCGAUCUGCCUCAUAUCCUCACUUGCUACGAUUCUCCUCCGAGCAUGCGAAGGAUUCAUCGGCGCAGCAGAGGUUGCGCGACUGGCUGAAAGCUUGCGAGCAGCAUGAGUCAUGCACAAGACAUGGGCUGCUAAGUCUUCCAGCCAGAGUUAUCGAUGUCGGCACGCCUAAAUCUCCUGCUUUGCGUCUCCACAGAUCGCGCACGGAGGAAAGAGCGUAUUACCUUACGCUUAGUUAUUGCUGGGGCGGAUAUGAUGAUGUGAAACUGCUAGCUGGUAACCUAGAAGACUUUCAGAAAUCUAUCGAUGAACACAAAUUACCGCAGACCUAUCGAGAUGUUGUCUGGAUGGCCCGUCAAUUGAGGGUGCGGUACCUCUGGAUAGAUGCGUUUUGCAUAGUUCAAAACGAUGCCAUGGACUGGAAAGCGCAAAGCGACCAAAUGCAUCAUAUCUACGGAAACGCUUACCUGACUAUAUGCGCUUCAAGUGCUUCGAGUCCCUUCGAUGGCUUCCUUCACGAGCGAGGUCUUGACGGUUUUACGCACGUCCAUGUUGGCGCCUUGUCCCAUGCAGACGUCUUUUACCCCAUCUACCUGACCUCAGACCGGGGAGGCGCCGCUCGGAGCCUCCAUCACUCAGAAUGCGGCGCCUUGCGUUACGACCCAUUGACCUCGCGUGCAUGGGCUGUAUAG